AUGUCACCGCCCGCUAUCAUCGCGCCGUCGAUUCUGUCGGCCGACUUUGGAGCCCUGGGCAAAGCGUGCUCUGACACCAUGGCCCAAGGCGCCGACUGGCUUCAUGUCGACAUCAUGGACGGCCAUUUUGUGCCCAACAUGACUUUUGGUGCACCUGUUGUAACCAAGAUCCGCUCUCACGUUGAUCGCCCGCUCACCGCACACGGGAGAGGGACGUUUGACUGCCAUAUGAUGAUUGCCGAGCCCAAGAAGUGGGUGCGCGACUUCAAAAAAGCAGGCUGUGAUUUGUACUGUUUCCAUUAUGAGGCGGCCAUCUCCUCGACGGCCGCAGAGUCCCCAAGCGGAAAGUCGGACCGGAAGACAUCGCCCAAAGAACUCAUACGGUAUAUCCACAACGAAGGCAUGCAAGCUGGCAUUGCUAUCAAGCCUAGUACUCCUGUCGACGUGCUGUGGGACAUCCUAGCAAACCCUGUCAAGGAAGAGGUACCUGAUAUGGUCUUGGUCAUGACUGUUGAACCUGGCUUUGGUGGCCAGUCCUUCAUGGCUUCAGAGCUUCCCAAGGUCACAGCGCUGCGGCAGAAAUACCCCGAACUGCACAUCGAGGUUGAUGGUGGCUUGAGCGAGAAGACCAUCGAUCAGGCUGCGAACGCUGGCGCCAACGUGAUCGUUGCUGGUAGCGCUGUCUUCGGCGCCUCGGAUCCUGGUGAGGUGAUUCAAAAGCUCAGAGACGCUGUGGACAGUAGAAGAGGAAAGCUGUGA